AUGCAAGAAAAUGACAAAUUCUUCUGCGCAUACAAACGCUACAAAAUCUGCCCCAAGAUGGAGAUACCAACAACAAAGUAUCUAGCAGAUUACUUAUACGUCGUGCAUGAGGAUGUGCCAUUCCGUUAUUAUCGCAAAACAAAAUGCUCGAUAUUUCGUGGUCUUGUGCUGUGCAUCUGCUUGAACGUCACCUACGCCAACAUCGUGCGUUUCCCGAGAGAACUGGACAAAUACGGUUCUUCGUAUUUGAUUCCAUACAUAACACUAUUGUUUCUAGUCGGCUUGCCAAUUAUCUUAUUGGAGAUAUCAGUGGGACAGUUUUUGGGCCAAAGUGCAGCGCACACCUGGACCGCCUCGCCCAUAUUUAAAGGCGCCUGCAUCAUCAGCCGCUUCGCUUCAUGGCUGUCGACAAUUUGGGUAUCGCUGCAAGCGGUCUUGGCAGUGGCCUACAUCGGCAUGUUCAUCGUCAAUACGCUGCCUUUUCGGGAGUGUGUGGGCAACGUGAAGAUGGCGCUGAAUGGCUACACAGUGACAGGCAACAGCGGGCAAGAAUGCUUGCAGCGUACAUUCUUAACGCCGUUCUGGGAGAAUCCCAUGUAUUUCGGCAUGCUGGCCGUUGGACUGAUCGGCAUUUGGAUUGUGGUCAUGUUGUGCACGCACAAUGGCCGCUUCCUGCGUCGCAGCCUCUUYUUCUUCGGCAUACUGGGCUUUCUGUUGCUGUGUUGCCUCACCGGCUGGGAAGUGCACAACUCGUUCCAGCGUUCAUACUUCCCCGAGCUCUGGCCGUUCGAUUCGACGUUACUCAUGGACUCCAACAUCUGGUUCAAUGCAUUGAUGCAGGUACUUUUCGCCACAAACUGCGGCUUUGGCGCUUUGCCCGCAGUCACCGGGAAAUUUCUGUACAAAGGCGAUGCCGUGCGCACAUCAAUCGUUUAUCUUUGCUUCAACUUGCUGGUGAAUGCAAUUGCUGUCACCUUAUUUAUGGUACAAUUCGACCUCUCGGCGAAUAGUGGAUCCAUGAUUGAGGAGCUCAAGCCACUCACGGCUGUCUACGAUCGCAUUAUGUAYGAUCGCCCCAGCAACGAGCUUAUCGCACGCAUUAUACCCGUACUAAUUUAUGCGUUGAUCGUUAUUUCCGCUAUUGUGGCAAUGAYGGUAUCCAUCUACACGGUCACACGGUUGGUGCCGCGCCAUCCGAAUUACGUCAUCAGCUUGGUGGCGCUCGUAAUGACGAUCAUAUCGCUGGCCGCGCCGAAAUUCAUAAUUGCGCGCAUUUUGGAUACGCGUAUCGUGGGCACAAUCUUAAUUACGGCGCUUGUCUUCGAGUUGAUUGCGAUCAGUUGGAUUUAUGGCGUCAAGAAUAUCUACACUGAUUUGGAAUUCUCUAUUGGACGGCCGAUCUUCAAAGGCUGGAUGUGGAUGUGGUGCAUUUGCCCAGCCAUACUCACAGCGUUGUUGGUGUGGUGGUGUUCGGACGACGAUCAGUACGAUCUGCUKGCGGAGUACGUACCACGUUGGGCACCCAUUCUACUCGCGCUAGCCGUGAUCUUUAUAAUAGCUUGUGUGCAGAUAUUCCGUCAAGUUGAGUACAAUUUCUUCGGCAUGAUCUGCGAGGCCUCAAAAUCGGCGAAGGAGUGGGGACCAACCGAUCCCUUAGCUCGCCAUGCCUGGAAGCAAUGGCGUUCGGUGUGCCAAGAUACUGGGCGACGUGAUUUCACGCUUCGCCGACGAGGUACUCGCGACUACACGCACUCCAUCAAGAAAGGACAAUAUUCCAGUUCUAGCAAAUAUGCGAACGGUCACGCCGCGCAACAGAACUGGAAGCAAUCUACAACCGGCAACAGUUCGCCCAACUACAGUGGUUCAAUGUUCGGUGAUUCCGCGAUUGAGGAAGACAUUAGCGUCGAUAAGUUUCCUGGUGUUUCACAACAGUUUAUGCCCUUCCAGAACAGUGAUGGCAAGCCACUGCGUUAUUCAAAUCGCUCACGCGCUCAGCCACAACAACGUUCCAAUACGCAGCAACAACAACAACCACAGCAACAAUACAAGGAUCAACACAGACAAUAUCAGAAUCAGCUGCUUGACGAUGAGCCACUGCCUAGCCCGCCACCACCACCUCCCAGCCACGUGCACGCCAUGCGUGCGCACAACGCGAACGCCGACAAGCAUCGUGAGAUAGUCUAUAUACGCCGACUUUCUGAGGAUGGUCGCCAUGCGACGCGCAUCGAAAUAACACCCUCAAACGAGUCUAUCACAUACGGCAGCUCGAAUGCCAUCACAGCCAAUGGCGGCGYGCGGAAUCCGAUGAGCCGCGUCAGUGCAAGUGGCCCAAACGGCGCCGCUUACGUGAAGCGSUCCUCCAGCACCAGCAUGGCCGAACACAACCGACACUCGAUCGUGAGUGUGGGCGGCGGUGGCCUCGUAGCAGGUAUCGCUGGCGGCAAACUGCCACCUCACAAUGCCAAUGGCAGUGCGGACCACAUCUGCUGGCGGAAGUUCACGGUGAAUCCGCAGGAGUACUCCACGGAGUUGUGAGCGCCAAACACAUUUGCUGCCACGACGAAGCAUCGACGUAAAAAUAUUUAAUACACACCAACAACAAAAGACUUUUCCGUACCCAAGACAAAUUCGUUAUAAAAAUUACUUUGUAGUUAUUGUAGUAAUGCAUUAGUAAUAAUCAGACAUUUAGUAAUUGUAGUUGUAGUAGUGUAAUAUAAACACCUAGACAAUUCCAAAUUGAAUUCCAAUACUUGUCGCAGAGUCCUAUUCUCUCUUUUACUUAAGGUCAAUUGAAAAAAAAAAAACUUUGUAAAUAUUUAACCAAACUUAAAUUAAUGAAUUGAUAUUUUGUAUAAGCUUUAACUGCAGAGUUCAGAUUAAAACGACUAACCCGGUAGCAUAAGUAAUUAAAAUUAACGAAUGAAAAUCUCCUUGAUCAUAGAUAGUUUAAGAAAAGGGCGGUUGGAGGCGCGAGCGCUGCCGAGGACUUUAAGAAGUAAAUAACUGUUAAGCAAAACUAAAGAGAAAUUGUGUUUAUUCGUAAAAGAGAUACGAAAUAAGAGAAUGUAAGAUUAAGGAAUGAAUUUAAAGAAAGUAUAAGGAAAAUUAGCUUCGGUGCGCACAAAAGUAUGCAAAGCAAAUAAUUAAAAGCCAUAUUUAAAGCGCACUGAAUUAUUUAGAGUCAUGAAGUUAAGGCUCGAGUGGCAACAAUUGUUAAUYGAAAUUAAGUAACAUGUUUGUAUCCGAGAAUAAGUUUUAUCAACAAAAAGGAAAAUAGUUAUGAACCCUUAAAGUGCGCCCGCGUCCACCAUCUGUAUCUUGAAUUUAUAGUAUUGCGUGAAGCCAACAGCCGCACUUCUGUUGGCUACGCAAACUAAAGAACGCAACGAAAAAUAAUAUUAGGAAUUAUGUAUACUAAAAUUGAGUAAAUAAAAUCAAAUGAAAGACAUUGUAAACAAA